AAUUUCAAAUCAUUCACUUGCUUUAACUACUCAUGCUAUGGAUGUGGGAGCAUCAACUCCGUUCCUGUGGGCUUUUGAGGAGCGGGAGAAAUUGUUGGAAUUCUAUGAAAGAGUCUCGGGAGCCAGGAUGCAUGCCAGUUUCAUACGACCAGGUGGAGUGGCACAAGAUCUUCCUCUUGGCUUAUGUAGAGAUAUUGAUUCCUUCACACAACAAUUUGCUUCUCGUAUCGACGAAUUAGAAGAGAUGUCAACCGGCAACCGUAUCUGGAAACAACGAUUAGUGGAUAUUGGUACUGUCACUGCACAGCAAGCAAAGGAUUGGGGAUUCAGUGGUGUAAUGUUAAGAGGUUCAGGGGUAUGCUGGGAUUUGCGAAAAGCAGCACCUUACGAUGUUCAUGACCAAUUGGAUCCUGACGUACCAGUAGGUACCAGAGGAGAUCGCUAUGAUCGUUACUGUAUUCGUAUCGAAGAGAUGCGACAAAGUGUUCGGAUCAUUGUGCAAUGUCUUAAUAAAAUGCCUAGUGGCAUGAUCAAAUCCGAUGAUCGUAAGCUGUGUCCUCCAUCACGAUCUCGAAUGAAACUAUCCAUGGAAUCGUGCGCCGUGUGAAACGUAGAUCAUCGCCGUUCUUAACCGAGACUCAGGUUAAGCUCCGUCUCGGAACCUUGUGGGGUUAGGAGUAAAGCAUCCCGAGGUUGGCGCAUCUCGUUAAGCGUGGAGAAGCAUUGGGAACCCCAAUUGAUUUAUUCGGAGCCGUUUCUUUUCCCGUCCCCCCGCCCCGGCAUAGCGUUUCGCUUCCGGUUCUAUAGAAGAGCUAUUCGUUUCACUUGAACUUAGAAAAAGAAAAGAAAAAAGAAUAGGUACGAAAUGAGUGUAACGAUUCGUUUCAAAUGAGUUGAACGUAGUUAGAAAACUCAUUCGGAAUAAUCAACUUACGUCUCCCUUCUUCAUCGAUCUGGGGGAAAAGGUACAGAGAUUCCUCUAGAGAAACAGAGAACAGAGAUUCGUUUCACAUAGUGAAACUAAGGAACCGUCUACCAGUUGGGAAGCUAGACAUCAAGUAAGUGGCUUGAUGAGGAUAACUAAGCUGACACGCCGGAGUUGGCUGCUGGCACAACAGGGUGGUGCCUUACCGCACCGCAGGCGGACGCGCGGUAGCGUUCGUGGUGGUGCUUCAGGAUUCCAAUGUACUGCGCCCAAGAUCAGAACGAGCUUGCCGGCGGACCACUGCCGUCCCAUUCUUGAGUGAGCUGGAGCGCAGCCAUCUUAUCCACUGAAUGAGUUGAACGUAGUUAGAUUUUUUGAAACGAAUCGUUACACUCAUUUCCUCUCCCCUCUUCGAGGUACGAAGUCACUAGAGAAUUCGUUUCACUAUGUGAAACUCAUUCGACCUACGUACGUUGGUCGAAUGAGUUGAACUAUGUUCAACGAAAUGAGUGUAACAUAGUGAAACGAAUCUCUGUUCUCUGUCAACUCAUUUGAAACGAAUCCAUAACUAGCUAUAAGCUAUCGCUUCGGGUCGAAGCACUAAAAGAAAAGGACCGGGAAACGCGGCGGCAUAGGAACCACGGGACCCCCUACUAGUAAAGGUACAGAGAACAGAGAUUCGUUUCACUAUGUGAAACUCAUUUCGUUGAACAUAGUUCAACUAAGGGAAAACGGAAGUGCGCUCCUGCGCACCAGCUGAAAAAGCCCUUUCCUUUCAGUCGAGUCACAAGGUACGAAGUUGCUAGAGUGUAACGAUUCGUUUCAAACGUUUCACUAUGUGAAACUCAUUUCGUACCUUUCCCUUAUUCAUAAUAAAAUGGAUAGCUCCAACCUAGUAAAGGGGCUUUGUCUAGGUUGGGUUGCUGGAUACGGGAUUCUCGUAGUAGGCUGGACCAAGAUCCAGCCGAGAGAGGGCAGUCUUUAGAAACAACAGGUUGGGAAAGCAAGAGAACACUUGGCGUUUUCUUAUCUUCUUCCCGCCCUAGGAGUAGCACAAAAAGAGGUACAGAGGUACGAAGUGACUAGAGAACAGAGAACAGAGAACAGAGAUUCGUUGAACAUAGUUCAACUCAUUUCGUUGAACAUAGUUCAACACUAUGUGAAACAACGAACAACGAAUCGUUUCAAAUGAGUUGAACGUAGUUAGAAAACUCAUUCAGUUGAACAUAGUUCAACUCCUUAGGCUUUGAUAAGUAUAAAGACGCGAAGCCAUAGCGAGGCGCUUCGAGUUAGCGAAGCGCUGUAGUAGCGCCGAAGCCCUAUGUGCGUGCUAUAAUGCUGAGCCAAGGACGCAGUUCUGAACGAAUUAGCUCCUUGGUAAUGGCUUAAUCUAUAGAUAGAAAGCCUUAUGAUGGGAAACUACCACGUUAGGUUUGGAGAGAGAUGGGACGAAGUAGCUAGAGAUUCGUUUCAAAUGAGUUGAACGUAGUUAGACGAUUCCGAACGAAGUCUCUGAAAGGAGAUUCGUUGAACAUAGUUCAACUCAUUUAGUCGCUUUAGCGAAGCUUAUAGGGGAAGCAGAUGCAAGCUUUUCCAAAUGACUACAGGAUCAUCAGUCUACUCUACCUCAAUUCACCAUUUCGAACUUUAUACAGAAGGU